AUGUCUACUCCCUAUUCGUAUCUGGUGGACCAUGACAAGGGAUCCCAGGGCGAGGGUGAUGGCCGUGAUACGACAAACGCCAGCGACCUCAUGGAAUCCACAGCCACGGGCGCCACCACGGCUACGCUCACGGACGGUAGCAGCACCUACGAUGGCAUAAACACUCCGAGCACCACCGACGACGGUAUCGAUACUCCCACCAGCAACGAUCCAGCGAGAACUGGUAUUCGGGGUACACAGGCGAGCAGCCUAGCCUUGCCCGAGCCCGCCGGGAUGCCGUCGUCACCCGAGCUCACGGUCUUGCUGCAUCAAAUCCAGCAGGCCGCCGAAGACGUGUCGCAGCUCGUUGGGCGAUUUGGAUUCAAGAUGGCAGACACGCUCCGCAGCCCAUGCAUCAAACGGGCGCUCUUCGCGGACCACAAAUUGCUCCGGCUACCGUGCCUAACGUACGCCGAUGACUUUACCUGUCGAGUGACAAGAUUCCAUGCCGCCGGGCAACCCAUCUACCACGAGAAUUCGGCCCCGCUGCUAUGGUGGCUCUGGGAUGCGUUACUCGACCACCUCCCACCGAGAGUGCCCGCGCGGGGUUGGAAGCUCGAGUUCACGCCCGCCCACGACACCGACAUCCUCUUACCGUACACCAUCAGCGUCAACCUCGAAUCCAAAUGUGACAAGGAUAUCAUCGAGCUCACCGCGUGGUACGGCGGGCUCUUCCACGAGCGGCGAAUCAUCGACGCCCCCGUCGCCCGGUUCUGCUUCCCCGAGACGAAACGGUACGGCAAGCCGAUCGAAGCCCCCCUGAAUAUCGACCGACGCACGUACCAGGGAGAAGGCUGCCUCGCUCACACGUUCGAUUACCUCGUGCCCCGUCCGGGAAGCCCAUGGCGACUCGCCAUGAAGGCCUUCCCUCCAGACAAGGAGGAGGCUCUGGUCGUCGCUCUCGCCGGGACCUGCAAGGCUGAGGACGACCACGUGUACGUGGCGGAGGACCAAGAUCGGCAGUGCCGGAACCUGCUGCAGCGCGUCCCCCCCGACGCCAAGGAGUACAUACGCAACGAAAAGCUCGUGGGAAAGACUGGCGGACCGUACAAUCUGUUCUUUCCAACGACCGGCCGCUGGCUGUGGGGCGAAAAUCGUCAGCGACAACGACACAUACAGAAAUUCGACCUCGGGGCUCUCGAACAUGUCAUCGCCAAGGUGAUCCCUGACCCGGUUGUCCCGCCGCGGUACGUCACGGCGAGCGAAGUUGCCAUGCUCGAGUUCCUACGGUCCGAGUUGGAAAUACCGGUGCCCAAGGUGUUUUCAUGGAGCGACAACAGUGACAAUCCAUCUGACUUCCUUCGUGUCGGAGAUGACUCAGUGGAAUGCCCUAUUAAGAUCGAGGGCGAUGAGUUGACGAACCACCAAAAGGACGGACGGCGCCACAAUGAAUUUCAAGACCUCCUCAAGACCAGAAACAUAUCGGUCGCCGAAGAAGGCUGGGUGCCUUCGGAAGAGUUUACCGAACGAGAAGACGACCUUGUGACUGCGAUAAAGGAGACCAUCGAGUCUUUGGACAGUGAACAGGAACGCCGAGAGUUCAACGACAGGCUCCAUCGUGGAACCUGA